AAGCCGGCCGAGAGCCGGCCCAGCCCCGCCGCCGGCCGAGCGCUGCCCGCGCACCCCCCGCGGCCGCGCAGUCGGGUCGGGCGGGCUCCGGCGGCAGGGCAGGAUGGACCUGGCCGUGGACCUGUACCUGGCCGUCCCGCUGCUCUUCACCCUGCUGGCCCUCGUCCUCGCCUCCGUCUUCCUGAGGCUGCGGGGAGGCGGCGGCGAGCGGGCGGCGGAGCGGCCCCGGGAGCCCGCGGCGGAGCCGGCUCGGGAGGGCGGCCCCGGGGGAGAAGAGGCGGCAGCGGCACCGGCCACGACCAAGGGGCCGGAGGACGAGGGGAGCCGGGUGCCGGUGGAAGAGGUCGGAGUGGGCAACGAGGGGAAGGAAGCGGUCGCAGAGCAGCGGGAGGCGGCGGCGGAGCCGGGCCCCGCGGCCGAGCCCAGCCCCGCGGCGGCCGAGAGCAUCCCCAGACAGCCGCCCGCAGAGCCCCGGCAGCCGUCCGAGGAGCCCCGGCAGCCGCCCGCGGAGCCCCGGCAGCCGCCCGCGGAGCCCCGGCAGCCGUCCGAGGAGCCCCGGCAGCCGUCCGAGGAGCCCCGGCAGCCCGGGCACCGGGAGGAUGCGGAGAGCAAGAUCCCACCAUUGGGUGCCUCGCCUGGACCCAGCCUCGGGCACAGAGGACAAGCAGAGGACACAAGUGGCCACGAAGCACUUUCCAGCCAUGCAGAGGAGGAAGAGGUGGACUCAGAAAACGAGAAGCUGGUGGUGAGAGAGCCGGAGGAUGAGGAUGCUGCAGAUGAGAAGUUUUCUUUUAAAUACAGUCCUGGAAAGCUAAGGGGAAACCAGUACAAGUCAAUGAUGUCCAAAGAAGAACUAGAGGAAGAACAAAGCUUUUCAUUGCAGGCCUCGCAGGUGGUGCAAGGGGGCAGGGCUGCUGCCAGGAUUGAGCUGACCUCUGAUCUCACAUCUCUGUAGCAAGUACCUUAGGUCCUCGGCCACAAACAUUCUUGCAAAUCUUUUUGACCUGAAGACUAUAUGAAGUUGUCCCUAGCCUCCUCCUAAAGGCAUCCCUUGGCAUCAUUAAAGGCUUGAGAGAAAUACCAAAACCAACCAAACACACCCAUAAGAGAAAUCCAUAAACCCUCAAAACUUGGGAUCCCAUCUUGGUCUGAAGUUGAGUUCUUCAAAAACUCCUGUCAAGUUUGAGGAUAUCCUAUUGUGUGGCUCCACGGACUAGGGCUGGGCCCAAGCAGUGACCUGAGUUAUGUUUGGGGGAUUGGGAAGAGCCUUCCUCCCUCUCCCCCAAACAAAACCCAAAGUGAACACUAAAUAUGCAACAAGUCAAUUAGUUGUGUUUGCUGCAUAUAUUAGGCCAUGAAAUCCAUGUUGUUCCUUUCCUGGGGUGGGCAAACCAUAGCUCUGCUCUCAGACCAGCUGGGACCUUGUACCAGAAUCUCAAGUUGUUUUGUCCUGGGGUCAAACUCCUCUGUAUUGCUGGGGGCUGGUAACUGCCUGUGAUUGCCAGUGUUGUACAAAGCUGCUUUACUCUGAAGGGUGGAGGGACAAAGUGGGGUCCAUGUGAGGCAUGGCAGAUGAUGGCUGAGCUGACCCAAAUCUUGCUUCUGUAGUUAUUUUAGCAGAGAGCUGAUUCUGUAGGUACACAGGAUACUCAAGAAGUGAUGAAGUUUGAUAGUUUAGCUGUUCUGCUUGCGGUGGAGAGACUACACUUUGGCUGCUGUUAUUUUCUGCAUCCUCACUUUUCCCUACUCCACUUCCCAAGAGGAGAGACCCAAGGAGACAGCUAUGGCAUCAGGGGUUCCCUCUGGCUCAAGAUGAGAUAGUGGAGGUCCCGGGAGAGGCACACUCCCCAUUCCUCUGCCUGCUUGCUGUUCCAGUGCCCUCCUCUCUUGCUGGUCCAUGGGAGCCAGAGCUCAGCGUUGCCCCUCAGCUCUGUCACACAGAGCAGAUGAAUUUGGCUGGGCACAUACUCUGUUUUAAAUCAAAGCCAGCUGGUUUUUGAGAGAGAGAAGAGAGUCCAAGUCCUUUAGUGAUGUUGUAGAAACACCAGGCUGGGUGGGGAUGUGUCCUCCAAAGCUUCUCUGUCACUGCCUCUUGGCUAACACUGCAAACAUAUCAGGAACCCAACAGGCUGUUUUUUUUUCCCCCUUUGAAUUCCUGUGCAGACAAUACUUGAAACCUUGUACACAGUUGUCCUUUCCAGCGCCUGGGGUUGGCAAACUCUUCCUAAAUGGGCUUGUUUAAAGAGCAGCAGGAGGCUUCAGCUUUAGAAGAGGCUGGGCUGCCCCCUCCCAGCCGACAACUGCAAGCGUGUUCAGUGGUUUGCAUAUGAAUUUAGGCACAUCUGGACCCUCUGCUUCAACAUCCUGCUGGUACAGCCGCUGUCUCUCCUCGGUACUGGCUGGCUGACUGUGUCCCAAGCACCCAACUAUGCAAAGAAUGCCUUAUAUCCGUUGUGUUUAAGUUACAUGGCAAUAUGUACAUCCAGCAAAGUUGGUAGUUAAGUCCAGAUUUUUGCUAAUGGCAGCAAGUCAAACUCUUUCUUCAACUCAAAUGUCUGUCUGGUUAUUUUUUACUUUUGUUUGGUUUUGUUUGUUUUGUAUCUGACGGUGGCUCUUAUACAAAGGACUGUAAUUCUAGUGGCUUGAAUCUGUAAAAAUUGCCUUUGUUUGGUCCAAUAAACCUUUGAAUAGUUUA